CGUCCUCUGCCGCCGGCGUCGGUGCGGGCGGCAGAGGAGCAGGUACGGUCCGGGCCCUCCCCGUGCUUGGGGCUCUGCUGUGAGGCGCCUUCUCCCCACUGGGCUGCUGGAACGCACCGUGAGCUGCCUCAGUGCCUGUGUCAGCCUAAAAUGACUCUGUGAAUUCAGUGGAAUAAAUGGCGUCCAAAGUAACUGAUGCUAUAGUUUGGUACCAGAAAAAGAUUGGGGCAUAUGAUCAACAAAUAUGGGAAAAAUCAGUAGAGCAAAGAGAAAUAAAGGGUUUGAGAAACAAACCAAAGAAAACAGGACAUGUGAAACCAGACCUCAUAGAUGUUGAUCUUGUAAGAGGAUCUGCUUUUGCUAAAGCAAAACCUGAAAGUCCUUGGACAUCUUUGACCCGCAAAGGAAUCGUGAGAGUUGUUUUCUUUCCAUUCUUCUACAGGUGGUGGCUACAAGUGACAUCAAGGGUCAUUUUUUUCUGGCUGCUCGUACUUUACCUUCUCCAAGUUGCUGCUGUAGUGCUAUUCUAUACUGCCCAGAGCCCACAUAAUAUACCUCUGACUGAAGUCAUUGGGCCAGUAUGGCUCAUGCUGCUGCUUGGGACUGUGCACUGUCAGAUUGUUUCAACACGAACUCCUAAGCCACCUCCCAGCACAGGGGGAAAAAGGAGAAGGAAAUUAAGGAAAGCAGCACAUUUGGAAGUACAUAGGGAAGGAGAUGGCUCUAGUACCACAGAUAACACACAGGAGGGAACAGUGCAGAGCUACGGUACAAGCACCUCUUGCAGUAUUGGCGCUGUCUUCAGAGAUAUCUGGCAUGCUGCUUUCUUUUUAUCAGGAUCUAAGAAAGCAAAAAACUCAAUAGAUAAAUCCACUGAAACUGAUAAUGGCUACGUGUCCCUUGAUGGGAAGAAGCCAGGUAGAGGCAGUGAAGAAUGUGUGCAGGGCCAUGACCGUCGCUGUGAAGUGAUCAGGCCAGAAGAGACAGGGUGGAGCCCUUCCACAGUGAGAGAUGCCUUGAGCAACCACAGUCACCACAAAGAUACUCACAGGACUGUGACAAAUUUAUCAGAUGAAGUUUCCAGUGAGGAAGGGCCUGAACCUGGCUAUCCUUUACGCCGCAGCGUGGAACGCACGUCCAGUGAUUGUACCCUGCGGAACAGGAAACCUCACCAUUACAAGAAGCACUACCCUCUGGAGGAUACACCUAAAUCAGGUACUAGCUGCAGUUCUCGGUGCUCAAGCUCCAGACAAGACUCUGAGAGUGCAAGGCCAGAGUCAGAAACUGAGGAUGUGCUGUGGGAGGACCUCUUGCACUGUGCUGAGUGCCACUCGUCCUGUACCAGCGAGACAGACGUGGAGAGCCCUCAAGUGAAUCCGUGCAUGAAGAAGGAAUUCAGAGAUGACCCCUUUCAUCAGAGUCAUUUGCCUUGGAUCCACAGUUUGAAUCCAGGACUAGAAAAAAUAAGUGCAAUUGUAUGGGAGGGUAAUGACUGCAAGAAAGCAGAUAUGUCUGUGCUUGAAAUCAGUGGUAUGAUAAUGAACAGAGUGAACAGCUAUAUACCAGGAAUUGGCUAUCAGAUUUUUGGAAAUGUCAUCUCUUUAAUCUUGGGUUUAAUGCCCUUUGUCUUUCGACUCUCCCAAGCUAAAGAUUUAGAGCAACUAGCUGCACACUCUGCCACUGAGCUUUGCAUGACUGCCUUUGGAUCAGAUGGAGAUGUCCUGGUUCUCUCAAUGGUUAUUAUCAGUUUCGUGGUCCGCCUGUCUCUAGUGUGGAUUUUCUUUUUUCUGCUCUGUGUAGCCGAGAGAACAUAUAAACAGAGGCUACUUUUUGCCAAACUUUUUGGUCAUCUAACAUCUGCUAGAAGGGCAAGAAAAUCAGAGGUACCUCACUUCCGCUUAAAGAAAGUGCAGAAUAUAAAAAUGUGGCUUUCUCUCAGGUCCUAUCUAAAGCGUCGAGGUCCUCAGCGCUCAGUGGAUGUGAUAGUUUCAUCUGCCUUCCUACUGACCAUCUCAGUUGUGUUUAUCUGUUGUGCACAGCUACUUCACAUGCAUGAAAUUUUCCUUGAUUGUCACUACAACUGGGAACUCGUAAUUUGGUGCAUUUCUCUAACUCUUUUUCUCUUAAGAUUUGUUACUCUUGGAUCUGAAACAAGUAAAAAGUACAGCAAUACCUCAAUAUUACUUACUGAGCAGAUAAACUUGUACUUGAAAAUGGAGAAAAAGCCUAAUAAGAAGGAAGAACUGACACUAGUGAACAAUGUUUUAAAGCUUGCUACUAAGUUAUUGAAGGAACUGGACAGUCCCUUUAGGUUAUAUGGGCUUACAAUGAAUCCACUGCUUUAUAACAUCACCCAAGUUGUCAUCCUGUCAGCUGUUUCUGGUGUCAUCAGUGACUUGCUUGGAUUUAAUCUAAAGCUCUGGAAGAUCAAAUCUUGACAGUAUAGAAAGAAGAUGAAAUAACACAGUGUUACAGAAAAGCUCAUUGAUGGACAAAACUGCCUCACAGCAGCCACUGAAUCUGUAUUUCAGAAGCUACAACCUCUUCAAGGAAGUCAUUUGGAAAACGGAAGUGUUUACAUCUGUCUUGUGCAAUCUUUGUAUUUAUUUCAUCUUCUCACUGGUUUAUGUUUGUUUUAGUUGACAUUUAUGUUUUAUUUUCAGAUUACUUGCUUAGUUUUUGAAAGGGUCCGAUUUAGGAAAGGUCAAAAACUGUGUGUCUGAGAGUCUGAAAUCCUGAAAUUCUAUUACACUAAAUUGCUCUAUCUGUUGUUAAAGCUAAGCCAACGCUGGACAUUUUUAGUUACCAGUAACACUAUAUGGAAGUAAUUUGAUUUUUGAUAGUGCGGUAAAAUUGCCUAGAAUAUUUCAUUUGCACCAGUCAUUUGUGAGGGCAAUGUCAAUAGAUGCUUGGUUGCAAUAGAAAAGUGAGACAUACUCAAAAAAUAAAGUACUGACAAUACAGUAUGACAGGUAGGAAGAAUGUUUUAUAUUACUAUUAGAAACAAGUGGGAAUUUCUAAUAUUUUGAGUAAUUCCAGGAUCUAAACUCAUAUAGACUGCAGUUUAAAUAUCCUGGGAUAUUAAAAAAGGUAUUAUAUAAGAAGUCAACAAGUGUUCUUUGAUAACACAGUUAUUAGAGCAAUAAUUGUAAAUGGUUACCAUGCUGUAUGAUAUUUUGAUAAAAACUAAAUAUUGUAUUUAUUUGAAAUACUGGGCUGUUCUGCACAGCUCUGACUGUGCAUGUGCACUUUUUAAUGUUACUUUUAAUGAGAAACUUUAUACAUAUAAAUGUAUAUUAAUUGGGAUAUAUUAUGGUGAACUAUGGAGCAGUAUGUAUUAUAUGUUGAAGUUGAAUAUUUAAACAAACAGAUUAUUUACUGGUGAAAGGAAUGCUUUGAAUGACUGAGCAAAAGAUAGAUAGAUGCUCUCCUCUUGUACACUAUAGUAUAUGCCAUUCAUACCACAUAGAAGUUUAAGAACAAUUAAACACAAAGAACAAGUUGCCCUGGUGAGAAGCAGAGCUACAAAGCCUGGAACUUGGCAGGUUUGUGUCUUGAAAUAAGUCCCAUUCCUCCCCAGCAGGUGCCAUUCCCAUGUGCUUUCUGCUGGGGUUUCCAACACCUCUCCCUCUGCCUCCCACAAGGACCAGUCAUACUGACUCGUGGUUCUUCAGUGUGACAGAAAUAAUGUGUCCAUCCCUGUGGAAUUAAGUAACUUGUAACAAACUUUCCUUCUACAAAUUAUUUUGGGAGGAUUGAUACCACCAGGCAUGAGUAUUCUUAUAUUUUAUGUUUCUAAAAUACUGGCUUCAUACUGAAAAAUAACAAGUAAUUGUUGACAAGAGUCUGGAUAUUGCCCUGUGUUUGCUAAUCUUCAGAAUCUUCAAAGAUUGGAAGUAUUGAGUCUUAAACUUAUGUGGUAUAAAAAUAUUUUUAUAUAUAAAGCAACACAAACAAGCGUUUUGUAUUUUAUUUGCCUCUGUACUAAUGUUUAAUAAUGACCAAAGUGCAUUCUGGUUUUUGGAAGAAUGUAUUACUGGAGCUUUAAGAACAUACUAUAUUUAGUUUCUCAUGUGAAAACUUCAGCUGCCUCUGAUCUGUUUCUCCUUUCUCUGUUGUUUGACGUUGGGAUUGUUUUUAAAAAUUAAAUACAUUUUAUACACAGUUUUUUCCAAAUUAUGGUACAGACCGACACAGAACUUAAUUUUGCACAAAAUAUAUUUAAAAAAAAAAAAAAAAGAA